AUGGCAACGUGCGAUGGUAGUGCCACCAAACUGAGGACGACGCUGCUGAACUGCGUUGACCACUUUUGUGGACGCCAUUCCAACUGCGUGGAGGACUCUCCCUGUAAGGCGGCGGGGCAUGUUCCGAGUACGCUGUUGAUCCAAGAUCCAGUCGCAGAGAAUCUCCUGUCUACUUUUUUGAGAUCGACAACAGUCUUCAAGAAUGCUGGGGAAUACAUCCAAGCAAAAGACACCUACCACGUGGAGUCCUUCAACAACACCAUGUUGAUCUACAUAGACAAGCGAGUUCAUUAUAUGGACCGCUCCUACAACCUCAGACAGGGUCUCGCAGUCCUGGAUUGGAAUGAGCAUGUCGGUCGGCAGUAUACGUCGACGUACUUCGUCGAGGACGCCUGUCAUCCUGAUCGACAGGGGGGGAAGAAGAAGUACACGAAAAAGACGUUUAGUUUCACACAGAAGAUCCGCCGCCUGCUCCUUGAAACUGCAGCCUUGAAGGAGUCCAGCCAAGAAACGGACGAGUCCAUCCCUGAAAAUGGCUCCCGAAAUCAAGCCCCUGAAACCCUGCCCAUUACCUGAUUGGUCAAAAAAGCAAGGACACAACGACGGCAGCGUAUUCAAACAGAG